AAACCCUGUGCAUAAGAAAUAUCUCCCAUUUGCGCGCACUCCUCCUUCUUUCUUGGUUAUAUAUAGCGAACAAAAAAUGAAUGCCUCUCCCUCACCAUGAUCCAUGAUUUUAUAAAGACCCAUUAACGCUUUUGUAGGAUUGGAACAGAGAUCAAAGAAACAGAAGAAAAAAGCAGAAAAAAGAAAAAGAAAAAAAAAAGAAAAAGAAGAAGAAGAAGAAGAAGAAGAAUCAAUGGCGUCCUCUGCCUGCACCAAACCCAUCUUCCCCUCAUCCUUCACCCUUUCUUCUUCAUCUUCUUCAGAAUCAAAGUCAAAACUUUCUCACGUGUCGUUCACCAACGCCAUACCCAUCUACCGAAAACUCUCCCAUGCUAACCCCUCCAAACGCUCUUUGGCGGUCAACAAUGCUUUGAAAACAGUUGACCCGACAGCAACCUCGGUGGGGAGCUCGAACUCCGAGGAUGUCGGGUUCUUGGGUGAAAAGCCGACGAUCUUGGUCUCCGAGAAACUUGGAGAGGCGGGGCUCAACGUGUUACGCAGUGUGGGGCACGUGGAAUGCGCGUACGAGCUCUCGCAGGAGGAGCUCUGCACCAAGAUCUCGUGCUGCGACGCUUUGAUUGUGAGGAGCGGAACCAAGGUGACGAGGGAAGUGUUUGAGGCUGGAAAAGGGAGGUUGAAGGUGGUGGGAAGAGCCGGUGUGGGCAUUGACAACGUGGAUCUGCAAGCAGCCACUGAGUUUGGCUGCCUCGUCGUGAACGCGCCCACCGCCAACACUAUCGCCGCCGCCGAGCACGGGAUCGCUCUUCUCGCCGCCAUGGCCCGCAACAUUGCCCAGGCUGACGCCUCCACCAAAGCUGGAAAAUGGCAGAGAAGCAAGUAUGUGGGAGUUUCGAUGGUUGGAAAGACAUUAGCAGUGAUGGGUUUUGGAAAAGUUGGAUCUGAAGUGGCGAGGCGUGCAAAAGGGUUGGGCAUGCACGUGAUUGCUCAUGACCCUUAUGCUCCGGCUGAUAGAGCCCGUGCUAUUGGCGUGGAGCUUGUGUCCUUUGCUCAGGCUAUCGCCACUGCAGAUUUCAUCUCCCUCCACAUGCCACUCACUUCAACCACCAACAAGAUCUUCAAUGACGACACUUUUGCCAAGAUGAAGAAGGGAGUUCGCAUCGUCAACGUUGCCAGAGGAGGAGUUAUUGAUGAAGAUGCAUUAGUAAGAGCCCUUGACAAUGGAAUCGUUGCACAGGCAGCUCUUGAUGUCUUCACCGAAGAACCUCCAUCCAAAGACAGUAAGUUAGUGCAGCACGAGAAUGUCACUGUUACCCCUCAUCUUGGAGCUAGCACCAAAGAGGCACAGGAGGGUGUUGCUAUUGAAAUAGCAGAGGCUGUGUUAGGAGCAUUGAAAGGGGAACUCUCAGCAACUGCUGUCAAUGCUCCAAUGGUUGCUCCUGAGGUGCUGUCAGAAUUGGCCCCAUAUGUGGUGCUAGCUGAGAAGCUGGGGAGACUUGCUGUGCAGUUGGUGUGUGGAGGAAGUGGGAUAAAAUCUGUGAAGGUGGUUUAUCGAUCAGCGAGAGGCCCAGAUGACUUGGACACUAGACUUCUGCGAGCCAUGGUUACAAAGGGCAUCAUUGAGCCAAUAUCAAACACCAUUGUGAACCUUGUGAAUGCAGAUUUCAUAGCAAAGCAGAGAGGGCUUCGCAUAAGCGAGGAAAGAGUGGUUGUUGAUUCAUCUCCUGAGCUUCCUGUUGAUUCCAUCCAGGUACAGAUCUCGAGCGUGGACUCCAAAUUUGCAAGUGCUAUAGCAGAGGGUGGUCAUAUCAGCAUCGAUGGAAAAGUGAAGUUCGGUGAACCUCACCUCACAUGUGUGGGGUCCUUCGAUGUGGAUGUGAGCUUGCAGGGGAAUCUAAUCCUGUGCCGACAGGUGGAUCAGCCCGGCAUGAUUGGUCGUGUCGGAAACAUUCUUGGUGAGCAGAACGUGAAUGUUAGCUUUAUGAGUGUGGGAAGAACAUCUCGUAGGAAGAAGGCCAUCAUGGCUAUUGGUGUCGAUGAAGAACCAAACAAGCAGGCUCUUGACAACAUUGGAGCUGUGCCUGCCAUUGAAGAGUUUGUUUUCCUCAAGCUGUAGUAGUUACUAAUCAUGGUAUAUACAUAAAUAAUGAGUAUGUAUGGAUUUUGAUCAAAAGUAAAAUAGCUACUCCUGCUUAAAAACAAAUGUUUUGUUUUUCUUCUAGUUUUCUGGUCUUUGAGUGCACUUGCACUUCAUCUAGAUCUGUUUUUACAUAUUGGUGGACUAAUCAUGGAUGUGAUAUAUUCUGUUUUGGAAUUUGCAUUGGGUGAUUUUGAGAAUAAAAUUAGUUGUUUUCAGCUA